GAAUACCGGAUUUCCUAGUUCAUGCGUCGAGCCGAGAUGAAUGGACGUGACGCUCUGUUGCAGAGCGCUUUAAAGUGAAACUUUACACAAACCUAAGGUAUUUUUAAGCCAAGAACACUAUGGAGAUGAAUGAAAAUGACAUCGAAGAAGGUGGAGUAGGCGCAAUGUCGAAAACAGACCUGAGCUGGAUUCCAGACAUUUUUAAAAAGAGAGCGUGCACAACGUUUGUGGAGGACUCUUUCAGCAAUGGCGGUCUAUGUCAGUGUGGGGAUGCGCGGGAUGCCCACCAGUCAGUGGCUCUGGGUGAUUACUUUAGCACAGCCAUUGUCAGUCUGUGGGACAGUGCACAACACUCCUCAGAGCAGGCCACAGACGCAUUUGGAGAGCUGGAGUUUGCAGGAGCUGGCAAGAGACACAGCUCUUUUUUGCGUCUUUCCAACAGCACACAUCCUUCUAGAGUCUAUGAAAUGAUGACGGUACACUGGAAACUGACACAGCCCAACUUUGUGGUAUCAGUGGUUGGUGGUGAAGGGAGGUCAAAGGUCAGGGGCUGGGUACGAGAGGUGCUCAGGCAGGGGCUGGUUAAAGCUGCACAGAGUACAGGGGCGUGGAUCAUAACCAGUGGAUUGAGGGAAGGCAUUGGCAGAAUUGUUGGAGAGGCUGUGAAGGAUCAUGCCACUGCAAUUUCCUCUGUGUCUCUGAAUAAAGUGGUUCCUAUAGGCGUUGCUCCAUGGGGCCUGGUACAAAAUCGGCAACAGCUUGUCAACGCUGAGGGAAGUUUCCCCGCAAAGUAUUUUGUCUCAAACACAUCUCGUGACUCGUGCUUUUUGAAUAAUAACUACAAGGCCUUUCUCCUGGUGGAUGACGGCAGCGUGGGUCGUAAAGGUGGCGAGGUCAGCUUUAGAGCCAGUCUGGAAUACUACAUUUCCUGUCAGCGUUCAGGCAGUGCAAGCAUUGAUAUUCCUGUUCUGUGUAUGCUGAUAUCUGGGGAAGCGGCUAUGAUGGAGGCAUUAGAUAUUUCGCUGAAGAAUGCAAUGCCAUGGUUGGUCUUGGCUGGUUCGGGGGGUCUUGCCAACCUUGUGAGCGACAUUGUGGAGAAUGUGCAAUCUGCUCCGAUGCCUCCACCUGGGGAAGCAGAGGAGGAUGUGACUCCUAACAUGGAACUUAAAGAGCGAAUGGCAGAGAAAGUGAAGAAGCAUUUUCCUUCAGAACAUGAUACAGACAAACUUGUAGACAAGCUGUUUAGCAUCUACCAGAGCAAGGAUCUUAUCUCCAUUUAUCAUGCAGAGCAGGAGGGAGCAGAUGAUUUUGACACUGUUUUACUAAAAACUCUUGUUCAAGCAAGUAAACAUCGUGUCUCAGGGACUACUAAUCCUUAUGCUGAUGAGUUGAAGCUGGCUGUAACUUGGAACAGAGUGGAUAUUGCCAAGAGUGAACUCUUCAAAGGAAACAUCCUGUGGAAGUAUGAAGACCUAGAGGACUCCAUAACUGAUGCACUGAAAAACAAUAAACCACAGUUUCUACGUCUCUUUAUUGAUAAUGGUCUGAAUAUUUUGGAAUACCUAACUUACGGCAGAUUGGAGGACCUUUACAACUCCAUCUCUGAAAACUGUCUGGCCAACUCACUGCUUCAGCAUCUCCUAGGAUUCCGUCUGAACGAGGCCAACCCCAAUCAACAAUGCAAAAUUAGUCUUUAUGAGGUGUCUCAGCUGCUGGAGAAUCUGUUAGGGGAGGUUUGCUUGCCCUUCUAUACAUCAGUACUUGAUCUGGACACAGAAUCUUCCAAAAGUAAAUCUUUCAAGAAAGCAUGCAAGUUCUUGCGGGGGUCUUGCAUUUAUCGAUCGAGGCAGUGCAGGCACCCCUGGUUAUGUUUGUUUAUUUGGGCAGUGCUGCAAAACCGCAUUGAGAUGGCUAUCUUUUUCUGGGAAAUGUGUGGAGAGUCAGUUCUGACUGCACUGGGAGGUUGCAAACUCUUGAGAGAGCUGUCUAAAUUGGAGAUCGAGACAGAAGCCAAGCUUUCCAUUAAGGAUUUGGCACUGAAGUUUGAGUAUAUGGCUCAUGAUGUGUUUAGCAUAUGCUAUCAAACCAAAGCAAGCAAUUCCUUUAAGCUUUUGAUCCGGAAGUCUCUGCUGUGGGGUAAUGCCACCUGUCUGAAGAUGGCCAUGGUGGCUGAUGCCCGACUUUUCUUCAGCCAUGAUGGAGUGCAGUCCCUGCUAUCUCAGAUCUGGUGGGGUGACAUGGAAAGAGGCACUGAGGCAUGGAAAGUCACCCUGACUAUGAUCUUUCCUCCGCUUUGCUGCACAAACUUCAUCAAAUUCAGGAAAGUGGAGAAUGUAGAAGAGAUGAAACCAUCACUGGUGGCACAUCCAACUUCUGAAGCAGACUGUCACUAUGGAGAGACUGUCUUUUCUUUCUCCGACAUAAAACACCAUGAUGCUGAGCAAGAGGACUCAAAUAAUAUCAGACAUCCAACAAAAGGUACACCUGUUGUCACUAGGAACAGGAAGAAGCAACCCUUUGUGAUUACGCGCUGGAAGCAGUUCUGGUACGCCCCUGUCACCUCCUUUGUCGGCAAUGUUCUGAUGUACUUCCUCUUUCUGUUCCUGUACGCCUAUGUGUUAUUGGUUGACUUCAAGCCUCCUCCCCCUGAUGGCCCUGCGGUGUCAGAGUAUGUGCUGUAUUUCUGGGUGUUCACUAUCGUGUGCGAGGAGAUUCGAGAGACGCUCAUUGUUGGAAGCAAGACAAUUGGCCAGAGGCUGAUGCUGUAUGCUCAGGAUGUGUGGAAUAAGUUUGAUGUCCUUGCCAUCUCCCUCUUUAUUGCUGGUUUGUGCUGCAGGAUGUCUAAUUGGUCAAUUAACAUGGGACGUGGCAUAUUGUGUGUGGACUACAUGGUGUUCACGCUCAGACUCAUUCACAUUUUCACCAUUCACAGACAGCUCGGCCCUAAAAUCAUCAUACUGGGCAAAAUGAUAAAGGAUGCAUUCUUCUUCUUAUUCUUUCUGGGAGUGUGGCUGAUUGCAUAUGGAGUGGCCAAUCAAGCUCUACUCUAUUCAUUUGACCCAAACCCUCAUAGGGUAUUCCGACGAGUAUUGUACAGACCAUAUUUGCAUAUAUUUGGACAGAUUCCUGUGGAGGAGAUAGACACUGGAAAGUCUUGGAACAGAGUCUGCACUGAUAACCAGACAUUGAUCAAUGGGGGGGAAGAGCCAUGUCGAGAUACCAGCCACAACUGGCUUGUGGUUAUUUUACUGGUUGUCUUUCUACUCGUUACCAACAUCCUACUUGUCAAUCUACUCAUCGCCACAUUUAGCUAUACCUUCUCUAAGGUUCAGGAGCGCAGUGACAUAUACUGGAAGUUUCAGCGUUAUAAUCUUAUAGUGGAGUAUCAUUCUCGUCCAACUCUCGCUCCACCCUUUAUCAUCCUGUCCCACAUCAAUCUCUUCAUCAAGAGACACCUCCGCAAAGUGCCUUCUAUCAAAAUCCACCAUUUUGCUCUGGACAUAACGGGUAAAGCUGCUAACAAGUUGGUAAAAUGGGAGACUAUGCAGAAGGAGAACUUCCUGUCUGCUGAGAGUAAAAAACUAAGAGGGACCGACACUGAAAGACUGAAGCGCUUGAAUACUAAAGUGGAUGGUGUUCUUAAACAGGUUACAGAGAUCAGAGAUGUUGAUCGUAGAUUAAGAGCACUAGAAACAGAGAUGGAGUUUUGUACAUCUUCUCUUCAAUGGAUUAUGGAAGCUCUGUCUCAAAGCAAUUUGGUAAAGACCGGCAAAGUCCACCCUACUCGCAAAGCCAUUGUUUCAGCCCCUCUUGAGAAAUGAACCGAAUUUUGAUUUCCUGGAUUCGGACACAUAAAUCAACAAAACCACUGACUGAUGACUUGUAUGCUUGUAUUAUUCUGCUUUCCGUUUUUAAAUAAGUCAUCUUUUCACGGUUCACGAACUUGCAUUGUAUAUGGUCAAGCAUGCCAUGUAACAUUCAAUGAUAAAUCAAGUACAUAGUUAGCUGUAGAACUCUUUUUAUAGUUUGGAGAGAAUUUCUGUGUUAUGCUUACAAAAUGGUUAAAAACACUUAAUUUUCCUUUAUUUUGAUUUAAGGCUUCCAAAAAAUAUACAGCAGCAAUGUUUAGAAAUGGCAGAAGGCCAGGGAUGUAAAUGACUUCUUUUUAUAGGCUGAACACAAAUUAAAAUGUUUAGAAAAAAGGCUUAAUGCAAGGGAUGGGUUUCAAAAAGCACAUAUAUGAAGCCAUCUUUUUUUUAUUUACAGUAAAUGUAUUUUAAAUGUAUUUUGGGAAAUCUAUUCAUUAAUAGUAGUUUGUGCAAUUCUUCACUUUUCUAUGACAUGUUGUAGUAUCUACACCAGACACAAUGCAAGAAAAGUGAUCAUGUUUUGUUUACACUGUAAGUUCCAAAAAGAAUAUGUGCCUCCCAAGUACCUGGACGAUGCACUUAUUCAGCCGUACAAUAUGGAACAUUUUGUGCUUCCAAAGGCUGAUGUUUUUCUUAUGCUUGUGAAUCUAAAGACAGCCAGUAGCAACACAUUGAGUCUCUUUUUAGCCAAAAAGUGCAUUACAUUUGGGUUGACAUUGGGAAUCUGUCUUUUUACAAUUGGUUCAUGUUUUGUUCCUAAAUCUCCUUAGUUUCAGUAUGUCUUUUGACCAAACGUCAUGAAGCAUGUGACAAACAAGAACCAAUGAGAUUUGAUGUUAUUAACAUGCUGCCAUAUUUGAUUUGGGUAUUGGUCAUCAUGGUUAAUGGGCGAGCUUUUACAUGAUUUCAUUUAAGGUGAAAUACAUAUUUUGGAGCACCAACUUUCUGGGUCAUUUGCAUUGUAUGGACCUACAGCGAUGGGAUUCUAAAAUUGUCCAUGGAAUAAUGUUAGUAGUAUAUACUGUAUAUGCAAUAAGCCUAAUCCUAGGUCAUUAAAACAUAGAUUUUGUUCCAUGUUUGAGAAAAAAAGAGAUUGUUAUACACUUAUGUACAUAUUUACAUUUGAAUGUUGUGUUUAUUUAUCAUUACAUUUUACGCUAACAUUUUCAUAAUUUACUUUUUUAAAUUUCAUUUCAUAAACAUUGUAAUUGCAAACUUGGAUUUUAAAUAUUCAAGUUUUUAGUAUGAUCUUUUAUGAUUUGAGGUCUCUUUAUAUUACUUAUUUUCUUCUGUUCCUUGUUGUCUUUUAUUUUGCCUUGCUGCCUUCAAUAUAUGUGUCUGAAGUAGCACGAAAACAUUUGUGACCCUGGACCACAAAACCAGUCAAGUAGCACGGAAAUAUUUGUGGCAAUAUACAGUAUGUGUCAAAAUUAUCGAUUUUUCUUUUAUGCCAAUAUUAAGUAAGGAUCAUUUUCCAUGAAGAUAUUUUGUACAUUUCCUACCGUAAAUAUGUAAAAACUUAUUUUUUUGAGGAUGCAGCAAAAUUGCUAACAACAAGGGCUGGAAACAUGCCUACAAACUUCACUCGCUGAGCUCUUUGGGAAUUACCCUCGUCGAAUACCUACAGGGAUUUUAUCACUAUACUGCUAAUCAAAAACUGUAAAGUAUGUAUAGGUAAUGACUAUUAUUAUUCGUAUUUUCCUUUGAGCUAAAAUAAUUCCCUGACUGAAAUUGGUGUUUUAAAUAACUCAUUUCAUGGAUAUGAUCUUAAAAGAUCUGGUGGAGAAUCAUAUUUGGUGAGCUAAGCUCAUCACUAUUUUAAUAACAGCUAAAACCGCUACAGUUAUUAUUGUAUUGAAUUACUGUUACAUACUCGGAUAUCAUGCAUUGGGUGGCAGGUAAUGACAUGUACAUGACUUGCUGAUAUGCGUCUUCACAUAUAUGACCAUGGCUUUAAAACGGAGCUAUCCGUCUGGGAGAGAAAAAUGGCAACAACGCAAAGCAAAAAAACAAAAAAAAAACGAAGACAUGCAUGCAUGUGAUUUUGUACUAUUUCAAAGUCUUGUUUAGUUUUGCCAAACUAUGCAAUGAAUUAGUUUCAAAACAAUUCUCCUGUACAGAUUUAUAAAUUCAGUAUUCGUCCACUAUAUCUAGUUUGCCCAUGAUAGGCCCUAAUAUGUCAUUUUUUGUUUGUGCCAUCACAUUUAGAGAAUUAUUAUGUGUUCUCGUAUGCUUAGCUUUUUUGAGAAAACUGUAUUUUUCAUGCUUUAUUUUUGUUAGUAAAUCGCUCAUUUGCUAGUAAAACAGUGUUUGCGUGUAAUAUCUAUUUUUAACAGCUAGAUGGUUCCAGAGCCACGCAUUAGGUCAAUCAAAUUUUUUUAUUUAAUUUUAUACUUAAUUGUUUAAUCUACCCUCCAGAUCCUUGUGCUCUGCUAGCAAACAACGUCUUGUAGUGCCAUCCCAAACACACUUGUUGUGCCUAGGGACCUUGGAGUUUCUUAAUCCGGGCCUGCAUUCGGCCCACAAGGCAGUUUUCUAUUCAAUAUAUUUGCGGUUGAAUUAGGAAUUUGAUGCAGUACAAACAAAAUACAAUAGAUGACGCUAUAAGCAAUAAUACUUUAAAAAGUGUACAGGCUCGUCCAAAUUUCGUUUCGUUAGGGGGAAAUAUAGAUUUAAGAUAAUGUUUUACUUCAUUUUCAAAUACUAUAAAACAUUGUUUAUUUCCUGAAUAUUUACAUUUAUGGAUGUGAGAUUUAUCCAUUAAAGCGGCCCUAACACCCGG